UGUUCAUUUUGUUGUUGUUUUUUUUUAAUUAUUAGAACAGAAGUAUUUAUGUUAUUUUUGUUUCUUGAUUUUAUUGCAGCAUCAACGUCUGUUAGACACUAUGACAAUUAUAUAUGAUUUGAAGAAUUUGGGUGCCAGGCAUUUAAAUAAGGAAUCGGUGGACAUGUACUUAUCUAUAGUUGACGCUGCUGAAAGCCGGUACCCGGAGGUGCUCAGACGUGUAUUUGUUAUAAAUAGCCCAAAGAUCUUUCCUAUAAUCUGGUCACUGGUGAGACCUUUUCUCCAUGAAAAUACUGCUAAAAAAGUUGUAGUUUUAUCUGGUGAGUUACCUCCCUUUAUAUGUCAAGGUGGAACAGUUCCAAAAGAGUAUUACAACCAAGCAGAGCCACAUCAUGCCAUGGUUACAGGCAAUAUAGGCCGCGGAUCAACGUUACAACUUGAGUAUGAAGUCCAUGAACCAAACAGUGUUAUAAGGUAUGAGUUUCAGACAGAUGGAUAUGAUAUAGGCUUUGGUGUGUUUAGAAAGAAAUCAAAAGAGCGAAUGAAAGCUAGUGAAAUGGACACGAUUCUGUCAACACAGCGAUCAAAUUGUCAUCUAGUCCCUGAAGAUGGUGCUGUAGAAUGUGACCUGCCUGGUAUAUAUGUUAUACGGUUUGACAACACAUAUAGCUGGGCUAGAAGUAAAAAAGUUUAUUAUCUUAUUGAAGUCUUAGAACCUGAAUCAAAGUCAAAUACAGGCAGUAGUAAUGCUGGUGAAAAUGAUGAAGGUGACGAUGAAUUUGUUUUGGCACAAGAAGAGACAGUAUCUUAGACCCUACCUUUAAAUUAUUGUGUACAUGUUUCAGGAUGACUAAGGCUGUUUGAAAUACUUAUUUAUAUUAGACUGUACGAUUUGAAAAAAAAUUGUCACUUUUUUAAAAAAAAAUUUCAUGGCACUUGGCUAAAGUAAAUUUAAUGGCUUAGUAUGAAAAAAGUGAUGAUAAUGAUGAUGGUGAAUUGUUAGACAGACCAAUCACUGUAAAUCCAUUCCAUUGAAAAUGAUCUCAUAGAUAUAUGAAAAUAUGUAAAAGCCUAAAUUAUCCUAAAAGUUUCAAAACAUUCAAUA